AUGUCGUUUAAUUUAGGUUUACAGAUGGAAAAGCAAGAUUCCUUUGAUCUGUCUGCUAUCUUGAAUUGUCCAAAGUUGCUUAACAUAUACAUCAAAAAUAUGACACCAAUUAUGGAAAAGAACCAGUUAGAGUCUAGUUAUCAAAAUGUACAUGCUCUUACUCCUUUGAUGCAAAAUAAAUACCCAAAAGGAGGGGUUGUUGAUCCUCCAUUGAGUACAUGUCAAUUAGACACAUUAAAUUUUGGUCACAAUGUAAAUUGGAGAGACGAACUACUAACUCCAUAUUCUGCUUCCAUAUAUAGCCCAGAUAGCAGCGUCAGCAGAAGCAACACUUCACUAGAUUCCGUUGAAGAAGCUAUUUCGCACCUUGACGACGAACUUUCUCAAUAUUUGAAUUUAGAGGCCUGUCAAUCGGCAGGCAAUAUGACUCCAAUGGACGAAUUACAAGACUAUGGCGAUGCUAAAGAAAAUAUUUUAACAAUCCCUUCUAUUCUUCAGGAUGCUGAACUUACCGAUUUCCAAAAUUAUAGGUUUGUCACUCCAGAGACGCUAAUCAUUAAAAGAUCCAAAAAUCAUGUCGUCACUAAAGGCUUAGUCACAAAAAGGAGGCUAGAAAAUAAGAUUGAGAAAUCUUUAAGAAAUGUAUUCGACACGCCAAUGGAAUAUUCACAGCUCGAAAUCUCAGGAAAUUUUGAACACUUCCUGCCAAAUACUGGUAACUAG